AUUAUAAAUGUUGUUAUGUAUCGACAUGCACAUGUUCAUGUCACGUCAAAAGUGAAACCUCCUUUAACCGAACUUCUUCACCGACAGACUGACAGUUGUAAGCAUCCAGCUGGAGUCAACCAAGAUGAAAAUGGGACGAGCCGUAAUGCGGAUGGAAGAAGGCAUGCGUGGAUAAAACCGGAAAUAAAUAUGAUCGACAUUCGAGCCAAUUUAAUAAACGGUUCCGUCUGCAUUCCGGGUGAAAACAUAGUAUGUUGCAUUUCCUUCCGGAAUAACAAAGACCCAUCCGACUCAAGUUCAGUCGAGACUUUGGCGUGGGCCAGCGUCCAGAUCCACUGCCUCUGCUCCACCAAUUCGAAACUCAACGUCACUUCAAAAACUACCUCUGGCCUGGAGACAGCUUCAACUCUAUCGGAUACAUGCUUCAUUCCGUAUAAAGGAGAUGUCCAUGGUCAAAUUGUAUUAUCGACCAAGCCUAAAAUUUUGUUUUGUGAUCUUCAGUUGAUGCCUGGAUUAAGUAAAUCAUUCGUAUACACUGAAGUUUUACCACCAGAAGCACCCCCAUCUUACCGUGGAAAGUUAGUUAAGUAUUCUUACAAGAUCAGUAUUGGUGCACAGCGAGUUAAUUCCCCGACAAAAUUAUUACGACUACCGUUAAGAGUUUUGGCAAUAGCAGGUCUUCCCGACUACAGCAUAUGUGAAGAUAGUGAAGAUUUAUCCCCGAAUAAUCCUUUUCUAGAAACUUACAAUAAAGAAUAUGAACUAAUUCCAGUACUCCAGCUUGUGGAGAAUAUAACGGCAAGAAGAAAUCCAAAUUUUUAUAAUAUCACUAAUACCAAAGGUAAAGUAGGAAGGUUUUGCCUUUUCAAACAGGCGUACAGACUAGGAGAAGAUAUUGUCGGGACGUUUGAUUUCACAAAAUCCACAGUGCCAUGUUUGCAGCUUACUGUCACCUUACAGUGUGAAGAGCAUAUAGUGGGUGAAGCCAAAUCUGUAACUGGACCUGAAAUAGCUACGACUUCCUAUAGUAAACACCACGAGAUCUGCCUACAUUUAACUCAUUGCCUUCUAAAUUUGCCAAUACCACUACACGCCACACCUGCUUUUGCUACUGACUUGUUGGAACUUACGUGGAAGUUGCAUUUUGAAUUUGUCACCGGCCAUCCUGGGGAAACCUCUAUUCAUUUGGAUAAACAAACAUGGCAAGCACCUGAUUCUCUCAAUAUUGAAACAAUGGUUUGGGAUUUACCUAUUCAGAUAUAUCCGACUGUCCCAACACCUGAACCUAAUUCUCAAAUGCAAUAUUAUUUAACUUUGUAAUACUAUAAUUUAAAAUUUUCCAUGUAAUAAUAAAACGUUUAAAAUAUU